GUCUGACUCGCAGGGCGUUGUGGGUAGGCAGGGCUUCUUUUCAGCCUGUCUAGAGGCCGGUUAAGUGCGUGCUGUUCUUCUCGUUGCCGAGUCACCGGAUACCGUACACAUGGCGCUGCACGUACCAAAGGCCCCGGGCUUCGCCCAAAUGCUAAAAGACGGAGCUAAGCAUUAUUCUGGGUUAGAAGAAGCUGUUUUUCGCAACAUCCAAGCUUGCAAAGAACUUGCUCAAACCACCCGCACUGCAUACGGCCCUUAUGGAAUGAACAAAAUGGUUAUCAAUCAUUUGGAAAAGCUUUUUGUGACAAAUGAUGCCGCAACCAUCAUCAGAGAAUUGGAAGUUCAACAUCCAGCAGCCAGAAUGAUCGUCAUGGCCUCACACAUGCAAGAGCAGGAGGUUGGCGACGGCACGAACUUCGUCCUGGUCUUUGCUGGAGCUCUCCUUGAACUGGCAGAGGAGCUGCUGCGGAUGGGUCUUUCUGUAUCAGAGGUGAUUCAAGGAUAUGAAAAGGCUUGUAAGAAGGCUUUGGAGAUCCUUCCUGACCUGGUUUGCAGCUCUGCAAAGAACUUGCGGGACGUUGAAGAAGUUGCUGCCCUCCUCCAGACUCCCAUUAUGAGCAAACAAUAUGGAAACGAAGCUUUCCUCUCAAAACUCAUCGCUCAGGCGUGUGUUUCUAUCCUUCCCGAAUCCGGACAUUUCAAUGUUGACAACAUCAGAGUUUGCAAGAUUUUGGGUUCUGGCAUCUCCGCAUCAUCUGUCUUACAUGGAAUGGUUUUCAAGAAAGAAACUGAAGGGGAUGUCACAUCUGUUAAGGAUGCCAAAAUCGCCGUGUACUCUUGUGCUUUUGAUGGCAUGAUCACCGAAACAAAGGGUACUGUGCUGAUAAACAGUGCACAAGAACUAAUGAACUUCAGCAAAGGUGAAGAAAACCUAAUGGAAGAUCAGGUGAAGGCAAUGGCAGACGCUGGAGCCAAUAUUAUCGUUACAGGCGGCAAAGUGGCAGACAUGGCUCUUCAUUACGCCAACAAAUACAAUCUCAUGGUGGUGCGGUUAAACUCUAAGUGGGAUCUGAGGAGACUUUGCAAGACCGUGGGUUCCACAGCUCUUCCAAGACUGACGCCUCCUACACCAGAAGAAAUGGGUCACUGUAAUAGUGUUUACUUGACUGAAGUCGGAGACACACAGGUUGUUGUGUUUAAGCACGAAAAGGAAGAUGGAGCCAUUGCCACUAUUGUUAUUCGCGGCUCCACAGACAACCUCAUGGAUGAUGUGGAGAGGGCUGUGGACGAUGCAGUGAAUAACUUUAAAGUUCUGACACGGGAUAAGCGCCUUGUGCCAGGUGGUGGAGCGACUGAAAUUGAAUUGGCCAAGCAGAUUACAUCUUAUGGAGAGUCAUGCCCAGGGCUUGAUCAGUAUGCCAUCAAGAAGUUUGGGGAGGCGUUCGAAUUUCUUCCAAGAGCAUUAGCUGAGAAUUCUGGAGUAAAAGCUAAUGAAGUCAUCUCCAAGCUCUACGCAGCGCAUCACGAAGGCAAUAAGAAUAUGGGAUUUGACAUAGAGGCUGAGACCGCGGCAGUGAAAGAUAUGCUGGAAAAUAACAUAUUUGACACGUACCUUGGAAAACAUUGGGGAAUCAAGAUGGCAACCAAUGCUGCCGUCACUGUACUUCGGGUAGAUCAGAUAAUCAUGGCAAAACCGGCAGGUGGCCCUAAAGCUCCCACAGGAAAGAAGGACUGGGAUGAUGACCAAAAUGACUGAACAUCCAAUUGUUUGCCUGCGCUAUUUCAAUUAAGGACUGUCGUAUCCGUGUAUGUCGCAUACAGCAUGUGUGGCUCUUUGAGAUUGGUUCCUAUUCUCCUUAAAUUAAUAAAUAACUCCUUUACAA